AACUAAGGCAUGUAACAUCUAUUUUAACUGGAUUUCUGCUUUAUUUUACUGGACCAGCAUCGAUCUGUUCUACGGCAAUGCAGUUCUUAUUCGGCCUGAUUUGCAUCCUGUCAGUAAUAUCAGCAGGACAUUCCUUUUCCUGUAUAAGCUGUACCAACACAAGUGGUGAUACUUGCAAUGGAUCUACAAUCAUCUGCCCAUCAUACUCUGACAGCUGUUCAUCAAUCUACACAAAGACCAAACUUCUAAAAUAUGGAAUCACCGUAAACUCCUUAGUAAGGGGAUGUGGGUACUCGGAGGAAUGUGCGCAGCCCACAAGGAAUGUCACCACCCAGAUUAUGUUUGAAGAAAUUUUUACCAGCUGCUGCCAGGGUGACAAUUGUACCCCUAGCCAACCCAAAGGUGCUGCUCAAAAUUCUCUCUCAUGUAUCAGUUGUAGAAACACGACUGGUGAUACGUGCAUUGGACCAUCUAUUAUCUGCCCAUCUGAAGCUGACAGCUGUGCAUCUAUCUACACCAGGACCAAAGUUCUAAAAUAUGAAGUGACAACAAACGUGGUAGUAAGAGGAUGUGGGUACUCACUGGAAUGUUCCCAGAGCUGGAAGAGUUUAAGUAACCAGUUUAUGUCAGAAGACAUUUUUAUCAACUGCUGCCAGGGUGACAAUUGUACCCCCAGCCAACCAAAAUUUUCAACAAAGAUUUUAGCUCCAAAUGGACUAACAUGUCCAAACUGUUUUUCACUAACGUCCAAAUGUGAACCAGAGGACACCACCCAGUGCAUGGGAGAUGAGAAUAAAUGUGUUUCAUUUUUGAGCCGCUCCUUCUCUGGAGAGCACAUGACAUCAAUGAUUUCUAUGUCUGGUUGCGCAACCGAAAACUUGUGUACAAAUUACAGUGGCAAUGCUACAGCGAGUAGCACUGGAGAGAGGACAAUAACGAGUAUUUCAUGCAAGAAUGACACUACAAGUUCAGUCAUUGGUAGCACAACAGUUAGCCAAGACCACAAACUGAAAAAAACUGUUAGCACCACCGGUAAGCUUGACAUGACCAAACAUACUGAAUCAGAUAAUAGAAAUAUUGAGAAAAAGUAA